CUUGGAUUCCUUGCUAUACGCGGACCUCGCUCUGCGGUUCAUCUUUGUCCAAUGUCUCUCAAAGUUCCAAAAGCCCAAAACAUCCAGCUCUUCAAGGACGGGUACAAGCAUUUGUCCGGGCUCGAAGAUGCAGUCCUCCGGAACAUCCAGGCAGUAGCCGAGCUCUCGGAUCUGGUCAGGACAAGUUUUGGGCCCAAUGGCCGGAAUAAGCUUGUGAUCAACCAUCUGGGCAGGCUAUUCGUCACCUCCGAUGCGGCCACGAUCAUUCGCGAGAUCGAGGUCGUCCAUCCCGCAGCUAAGCUGCUGGUGAUGGCGUCCCAAGCUCAGGAAGCUGAGAUGGGCGAUGCGACCAACAGCGUCCUGAUCCUCGCGGGAGAGAUGCUCAAGAAGGCCGAGAAUCUCUUGAUCAUGGGUCUACACCCUAGCGAGAUCAUCAAGGGCUAUGAGCUCGCGUCCGUCAAGGCUCUUUCUGAACUCGAAUCACUCUCGACAUCAUCACUACCCUCACCCCUGACCAAGGCCUCGCUUGCCGCUGCGUUGAAGCCUGCGAUUGCCUCCAAGCAGUAUGGCUACGAAGACCAGCUCGCGGGCCUAGUUGCGGAGGCGUCAUUAGCCGUCAUGCCGCCCAAUCCUAAAAACUUUAACGUCGACAACGUCCGCGUGGUGAAAAUCAUGGGCGGAAACCUCAGUGGUAGCACUGUCGUUCGUGGUAUGGUCUUUGGCCGAGAACCAGAAGGCAUCGUGAAAAAGGCGAAGAAGGCGAAGGUCGCCGUGUUCACCACGGCACUGGACAUUGCGCAGACGGAGACGAAGGGCACGGUGCUUCUGAAGAACGCGGAGGAGAUGCUGAACUUUACGCGUGGCGAGGAGAAGCAGCUCGAGAAGAUGUUCGAAGAGAUCGCCGACUCGGGCGUGAAGGUGAUCAUCGCCGGGUCAGCGGUCGGCGAGCUCGCGAUGCACUACCUGAAUCGGCUGGGCAUCGCGGUCCUCAAGGUGCUCUCCAAGUUCGAUUUGCGCCGCCUCUGCCGUGUGGUCAACGCCACACCACUCGCGCGCGUCGGCGCACCCACAGCUGAGGAGGCAGGCUUCGUGGACGUUUUCGAGACGAUCGAGAUCGGGGGCGACCGCGUCACCGUCCUCCGGCAGCUUGUCGAGGGCGACGCGGAGUACGACCCAGCAGGGGGCUCGGAGAAGACGCGGACGGCGACGAUCGUCCUCCGGGGCGCGACACAAAACCGGCUGGACGAUCUUGAGCGUGCGGUGGACGACGGGGUGAACGUGAUCAAGGCGCUGAUCAAGGACCCGCGGUUGGUGCCAGGUGCCGGAGCGACGGAGCUGGAGCUGGCGAAGAGGGUGGAGGCGUACGGGAACGGGCUGAAGGGCCUGUCGCAGCACGCGGUGAAGAGGUGGGCGCAGGCGUUGGAGGUGGUACCGAGGACGCUGGCGGAGAACGCACUUGGCGGUGCGGAGGGGAACGAGGUUGUCAGCAGACUGUAUGCGAAGCAUGAAGGCCCGGAAGGAGCGGUGUGGGGUGUUGACGUCGAGGCGGAAAAGGAUGGAACGCUAUCCGCAACGGAGCACCAGAUCCUGGACUCGCUCGCCGCGAAGCAAUGGGCGAUCAAGCUCGCGACCGAGGCUGCGACGUCCGUGCUCAGCGUCGACGCGAUCAUCAUGAGUAGACCCGCUGGUGGGCCGAAGAUACCACAGCAAGCGGGCAACUGGGACGAGGACUGAUCCGCACACCGCGAUGGGUUCGAGAGGUAUGGUACCGAAGUAGACAAAUCUAAUAAAUUUGUACAAUGCUAGUGCAUUCUUUCUUGUCACCCCGCUUUCGCGUGCCUUCGAUCGUGAUUUAUCGAGCAUCGCAAGCCGUCAAAUUCAGCUUGCGGUCGUCAUCUGUGUACAUAUUGCGCGCUCUGGCGCGUCGAUGUAAAAGUGG